AUGGCUGGCCAGCAGAAAGCUUUUUUGCCCUUUACGCAAACAAGCACCUUUUCAUUGCAGGGUCUCUGCCAACACACUGAGGGCUGGGGUUGUUAUGGUGAUCCCAUCGGUGUUUCUAUUGAUCGCUGCAAUGGUCCGAAUACCGAUUCUUCUCAGACGCAUCCCACUUGCACAUGA